AUGGUCGUGCGUCUGCGUCAGAAGUCAGGAACGCACAGCGGCAGCGGCACGCACAGGAGGGCAGUGCUGAGCAACGUCACUGAGAUACCUCACACUAAAAAUGGCGUCGAUCAUCACAGAGUCUCAGACACGACAGUCACCCGCCGCGUGGUGUGGCGCCGCGUGGUACUUUCGGUUCACUUCGACGCGGUCGCUAGGUCCGGCGUUGGACCAGUCUGUGAUUGUGAUGGCGCUGAUUGGUCAGUGGCUGCCGCAGCGGCGGGUGACGUCCCUAACUGGUGCCUGGGCGGAUUCUCCGACGACGCCGACGCCGACGUUGCGGUGCAGCCCACUCUCGUCGUGAAACGGGUCGGGCGGAUGGGCCAUGAGGACGACUGCUCGGCUUGGCCUGCACCGCCUCGUAACUUUCGUCAAGCACUUGUCACCGUUAGGCGCAACGUACAGACGAAAGACGUAACGCCAGCCACAUGUACGCUCUGCGAGCGUGUGAUCAGCGCCGGUUCCUAA